AGGCUCCUGGAGACGGCCAGAGCUCGCACAGUUGGAGCACCGUGACCACCCCGUUCAGAAACACACAGACGUCAGUCAAAGUUUCCGCACGAUCUCUGUGUAGUAGUCGCCGGACUUCCGGUCACAACAGCCGCAUCACUUCCGCUAGAAGUAGCGCGACGUCUGCUGCUUUAAGCACUGUGACGUCACCCUCCAGUUAUCUGACUUCGACCUUGAACUCUCGGGCUACAUCAGCUGUCAGUCGAGGGUCAUCAAGUGCGUGUCGGAAUGGCAAGAUGAAGAGGGGUUGUACAGCGCCUGCUGCUCUCUUGCAGGCCCAGAGGGACAUUUUGGCGGAGUUCUCAACGUCAAGACCUGGGUUAAACGUUUGGUGCAUUGAGAACCAACGACCUCAACCGGUGUGUGUGAGCGACCACGGAUUUUUCCACCAGGGAAACGUCUAUGUUGUCAUCAACGUCGAGGACAAUGGCACGGUGUUUCUCCACACAUGGCAAGGACGUCUCUCGCAGAAGUUUGAAGGAAAAGAGUCCUCGUCAUUUCUCGGCCACUUCCAAGACGGUGUCAUUAUCUGUGAAGGCAAAACGAAGCAGUUCCUUGGGCGUGCCAGCAAGUAUCAGAAAAGACUCUAUGUCAUCCGAGGGAGAAAGGUUGCAGUUGCCUCGUGU